AUGACUUCAACCGAACAUCAUCAUAAUGGAGUCCCCAUGAAUCAACCUUUCCCAGAUGACAGCACUGAAUCAUCAGUCUCGCGCGCGUUGUCUAGCUUCCCAGCCACUACCCCCGACGCCGCUAACAUUGGCCGCGCUCUUCGUCCUCACAAUGGACACGAGGAGAACAUGAAAUCCAACGCCGAAUGGCUCUCCCAGAUCCUCCAACGCCACCCACCGGACCGCGCUCAAACGCUAGGUGCUGCUAUCAUGGGGAUUCUGCGAAGUCACUGGUGGAACCAAAAUGUAUCUCGUCCUCCAGAUUAUCAAGGCGACGAGUUUGACCACUUGGUGGAGGGGCCUGGGUACGACAAGUGCGCCCUCUGCGGGUCCUACGACGGGAUUAGCUGUGUCAAGCUUCAUUUCGAUUAUUCUCAUUGA